UCCCAGAAUCAACUCUUUUAAGACUUUUUCUGCCAGAGCUCCAGGGAAAGAGUAAUCCUGAGAGUAAUAUUAAGAGGAGAACAGAAUCAAAGCUCUAGGAACAUGGAUGUCAAAAGCUUAAUUGAAAGCUUCAAGACAGAGCUCACUUGCUCCAUCUGCCUGGACUACUUUACUGACCCAGUGACUGUCAAAUGUAGUCACAACUUCUGCAGAGAGUGUCUUCUCCAGUGCAUGAGGGGAGCUGGUGACACCUUAACCUGUCCAGAAUGCAGACAACUCAUCCAAAUCAGCAAUUUGGUGCCCAACCUGAAUCUGCAGAAGCUUUCUAUGGCUGGUAAAACAAUCGGUCCUCAUUUGCUUCAGAGCAUAGUGACCCUGACCACCUGUGAGCAACAUUGGGAAAAAGAGAAGUUCUUCUGUGAGGAAGACCAAAAACUCCUCUGCGAGUCUUGUUCAAUAACCCAAGAACACAAGGAUCACCGAAUUCUUCCAUUGCACAGUGUUAUUGCUGAAGGCAAGGGCAUAUAACUCUGGAUUCUGAAACAGCCCAUCCUCAUGUCAUCCUUUCUGAAGAUUUGAAGACUGUGGAGUGUACAAGGAUCCCACAUAAUAUACUUGCCCAUGCAAAAAGAUUUGACUGUCUUAUCAUCAUAUUGAAUUGGGGAUCCAGCCUUUCACCUCAGGCAAAUACAUUGGGAAGUAAAGGCGGAAGAUAACACAGAAUGGUCAGUGGGCAUUUGCACAGAUUCAGUUACCAGAAAGAGGAGAAUCUCUUAUCCAAUAAAAUAAAAACUUUAAGUUGGCUUCAAAUAAUAAUUUCUUUCUCUAGGAUUCACAACAUGACUUUUAUGAGAGCCAACUGAUCCAUAAUUAGGGCAUUUUUCUUGAUUCUGAACAGGGACAUAUAGCAUUUUAUGAUGUCUCAGACAAAUCUGUAAUCUACAGUCCCCCAAACCUACCUUUUCAAGAACCUCUUCAUCCUUUCUUUUCUAUUUGCUGCCCUGAUAAAGAAAACAUCCCUAAAAAUAAAGACCCCUGGGGAGAUCAGGAAAUGGAUAUUUAUUCUAAUAGUUAAUGGGAGACUCUCAAUAUAAGUGACUAAAAAAAUAACAUGGAAAAUGACUUGUACUCAUUUGACCUUAUGUGGAAAUGAUGAAUAAAGUUAUGUAUGAUC